UUCUUUUUUUUCAGUAACAAUGGCGCACUUGAGAAAGGUGGAUAGUUUUCUCUAAAAUCCUUUAAAUUAGUGCGGUUCAGUAAAACAGUGCUUUUAUUAAUGCCGUACCGCAGGCGUUUCUCCGUCAAAAUGCCGGAUUUCGAUGACGAUGUGACCGUCGUUGAUGUGUACGAUUUGGCUUCAGAUAUUGGAAAGGAAUGUGAAAUAAUAAUUGAGAAGUACGGCCCUGAAGCCGUGACUGCACUUCUACCGAAAGUGAUAAAUGCUUUAGAACUCCUGGAAAACUUAGCAGUUCGAAACGAGAAAGAAAAUCGGGCAUUACAUGAGUUGACCGCUAAGAUAUCCCAGUUAGAAAACGAUAAGAUUGAAAAAGCAGAAUACAGACAACGAUUUGAAAAGGAAAUAGAAGCAAUUGAAGAGCAAUGGAGAACAGAAUCAGCAGAACUAGUCACAGCUGUUGCAAGGUUACAAGAUGAAAACAAACGACUGAGAAGAACCGUAAACUCGCCUGCGGACGGUGAGUUUAGAUGCACAAGUGCGCCCCCUUCACCGGCGCGGGAACAUGAUCAAGAGGUGCUAUCACGGCUCAGCAGCACAGCCGAGAAACAGAGAGCUACUCUUCGCCAUCAGGAGCUGCAAUUGCAAGAGAAGCAGCAGCUAAUUGACAGUUUGACAAACCAAGUAGAAAAGUUGGCGCAGGUCAGCCGCGAUCUACGACGAAAGCAUAAGCAGCUGCAAAAUCAAAUGCGCUUAGUAUGCGAAGAAAGAACAGAAUUAUCGGCUAUAGUUCAGUCCCAACAAAGAGACAUCACUGUUUUACAGCAGUCAGACGCACAGAACAAGAAGUGCGCAUCGUGCGGUGUUUCUUUCCCCGAAGGCACGGAUGAUGAAGACCAAUCAUCGAAACCGACAUUCAGUGUUCGGGAGCUGCGUGCAAUAUUACACGAGCGAAAUGAGUUGAAACUGAAAUUGAAUAGGGCUGAAGAGCAAUUGCAGGCGCUACAGACGGAGCCGCAACCAGAUAGCAGCGGCUCGGAUACAUCGCCAUCUCUUAGUAGCACGGUACCGGAAGAGGACGAGGCUCCCGUACAAGGACCACUUCCGGCUGAACCGGACGACGCGCCGUGGAAACGUAACAGCGGAAUAAGGAAGUUAUUGCAUAAAUUGCUGAACAACUGUAUUUUCUUGAACCCGACUUGGAGUUCGUUUAAAAGUUAAUUUCAACAAUAUUUGCAUUCAACGCAUAGUGUUUAUUCGUUUGGAUGCCUAGUGGACUAUACAAAAGUGUGGCAACUGGCAACGCUUCCUUUUUAUCACUCGUAUGACUUAUGUACACCAAGCAAGAUUUUUUGGUACUGAUUUGCUUUAACUUUAUAGUCAAUUCUCAAUAACACAAGAAAGUUGAAGAUACAUUUGUUGCAGAUUGUUAAAAUAACUUAUACCAAAAUCUUGUUUUUUCCAGUCACGUUUCACAUUUCAAAAUAUGAAUAGCUUAUGUUAAUGAAAAUAUUUAUUCAAAUGGCCUAAUAAAGUGAAUAAUUCGUAAUGUUCUGUCAUUUGACCUCUACUCAUUGGUUUUUCGCCAUUCUAAGUAUUAAGUUACCAAAAAUAUUAUUUAUUAAAAAAAUAACUGUUUCUAAAAGUAGCUCAUAGACCAACUAAAGUUAUCCGUUCUUCCAUACUUUUAGGAGGGUAGAUGUCACAAACGAUACAUAAAGACAUACGUUUGCAAAGUUAUCUUUCAUACUUUACGGUUAUGUGGGUAGUUUGCAAAUGUAACUGGUCUGUAUCUCUCAAUAGACUCGACUAGAUGAUGUGCCUCAUACAAUCACGUUUUUAAUCAAUAGAGUAUUUGGUAGGAUGUUUAGAAUAAGUGUGCGGGCCCAUAACCCCGCUAGUGUAAGAAUAUAUUCAUUCCUAUUUGCUCGUUUUUUAGAUCUGUCUGUCUUUGUUAAAAACGCUGGCGUUAAUUUUAUGAUUAAAUGAAUACUGCGAAGCCAAAAGUUAUGGUAUGCUCACACGGCGAUAUUUUAGGUUCUGUUACACACGUAAGAUUUUUUAUUCUAACUUUGCUUUAUCCAUAUUCCUUUAGCCGUAGCAUACAACCGUAAUAUUUUUGCUUGCAUAUGGAUAAGUGUUGGUAAGAUACGGUUUUGAUCCUUCAUAGGCAUCGGAGUCUCACAAAAAUCAGAAUGUUUGUAUGGUAACCUGAUGCCUAUGCAGUUCUGAAGAAAAUUGAUGUGAUAGUGUGGACAUACUAUUUGAAUUCUUAAAUAUGUCCCAGCUAUUAAUUUUGUAAAUUAAUUAUCAGCUAAAAACAUUCAGAAGUUUUACCUCAAAUCGUAUUUUUAAUUUAUACUUAUCUUGCAUUUUAAAUAUUUUGAAGUGGUUUUAUGUGUCGGUGGAUAUAUUUUUUUAUAUAAAAGCAAGUUAAUGACGACAGACAGCAAUUUAAAAUAAGUAAUGCGUUAAUAUAUUUUAUAAGUGACAUAUUUAUUUCAAUGUCAGAAAUGCUAGUCACCGUAUUGCUGGGUACUAGAUUUAAGAAUGUUUUUGCAUCACGACGGUAUCUUAUUAUGUACUGUUUGUUUUUAAGUUUAAUGUACCGUAAUUAUAUAGGCAAUCUAAGCUCGAGAAACUAUAUUUAUUUUGCUAUGGUAACCCAUAUGCCCACAUAAUAGUACUGUUAAUACGGCAUGAUUGGAUGAAUUUUAAUUUUAAUUUGUCAUACAAAUUUAGGCAUGGGAAUUAUACCAUAUAUCUUUAAUUUAUUUAGAAAACGCUGUUUAAAUCAAACUUACACAUUUUCUUUAUGUGAAGUUCUCGACAUAGAUUUAGCUAGCCUUGAUUUGUUUUUAAAAACAUAUAUGUAUAUUAACAGUAAUUAAACCUUCGUACCUUUCGUUUUAGAUAAGUGCUUUUAGUAAAAGCGACUUAUCACCAUAAACACUACAUAACAAUUUACCGUCUUGAAUAAAUCACAUGUUUUGGGUUUUUGGGAACAUUCACUAAAUCUAUCAUUCCAUUAUAUUAUUCUUUAAAUGUUUAUUAAAUUAAAAAUUAAGACUAUGUAUCAUUGUGAUUAAUGUUGACGGUGUCAAAUUAAAUAAUGUUUAUAUGA